AUGGCAAGCACUAAUGCAGCUCUUGUUUCUUCAAGAAUCCCAACUAACACUAGAAGGUUUUCUUCCAAGGCCUCCUCCAUCCCUACUCAAUACUGCUUCUCCAAGAAGCUUCAAGUAGAUGAAUUCUCUGGCCUUCGAUCGAGUGGAUGCGUUACAUUCGCUGCCGGUUCCAGGGAAAACUCUUUCUUUGAUGCUGUGGCUGCCCAACUCACUGUUAAGACUGCAGGAUCAGUACCAUUUAAGGGAGAAACUGUGGCCAAAUUGAAGGUAGCAAUAAACGGUUUUGGACGCAUUGGUAGGAACUUCCUUCGGUGCUGGCACGGCCGCAAAGAUUCACCACUUGAAGUAGUUGUUGUCAAUGACAGCGCUGGUGUCAAGAAUGCAGCUCACUUGUUGAAAUACGACUCCAUGCUUGGGACAUUCAAAGCAGAUGUUAAAGUUGUGGACAAUGAAACCAUUAGUGUUGAUGGGAAGCCCAUUAAGGUUGUCUCAAACAGGGAUCCUCUGAAGCUUCCUUGGGCUGAACUUGGCAUUGAUAUUGUUAUCGAGGGAACCGGUGUUUUCGUUGAUGGACCGGGAGCAGGGAAGCACAUCCAAGCCGGAGCUAAGAAAGUAAUUAUCACUGCACCAGCUAAGGGUGCUGAUAUUCCAACUUAUGUUGUUGGGGUAAACGAGCAAGACUACGACCAUGAUGUCGCAAACAUUAUAAGCAAUGCUUCUUGUACCACCAACUGUCUGGCUCCUUUCGUGAAGGUCAUGGAUGAAGAAUUGGGUAUUGUCAAGGGUACAAUGACAACAACACACUCCUAUACCGGUGAUCAGAGACUUUUGGAUGCAUCACACCGGGACUUGAGGCGAGCCAGAGCUGCAGCAUUGAACAUAGUGCCUACAAGUACUGGUGCAGCUAAGGCUGUGUCUCUGGUGCUACCACAGCUCAAGGGCAAGCUCAAUGGAAUUGCUCUCCGAGUACCAACACCCAAUGUAUCCGUAGUUGAUCUUGUUGUAAAUGUCGAGAAGAAAGGAAUAACAGCUGAGGAUGUUAAUGCUGCAUUCAGAAAAGCUGCCGAAGGACCAUUGAAAGGCAUAUUGGAGGUGUGCGAUGCUCCCCUUGUAUCUGUUGACUUCAGAUGCACCGAUGUUUCUUCCACCAUCGAUUCCUCUUUGACAAUGGUCAUGGGAGAUGACAUGGUAAAGGUGGUGGCCUGGUACGACAACGAGUGGGGAUACAGCCAACGUGUCGUGGAUUUGGCCCAUUUGGUGGCGUACAAGUGGCCUGGGUUGUCCGUGGGAGGAAGUGGUGAUCCAUUGGAGGACUUCUGCAAAACAAACCCUGCCGAUGAGGAGUGUAAAGUUUAUGAAGCUUAA